AUGGAAUCCAGCGUAAAGAUCAACAAUGCUGCGGACAUCUCUGUUAUUGUCAUCUAUUUUUUGGUAGUCCUGGCAGUGGGACUAUGGGCUAUGUUGUCAACCAACCGAGGGACAGUAGGUGGAUUUUUCCUGGCUGGACGAAGCAUGGUUUGGUGGCCGGUUGGUGCUUCUCUAUUUGCCAGUAACAUUGGCAGUGGACAUUUUGUGGGAAUAGCAGGAACAGCAGCAGCUGGAGGAAUUGCCAUCGGAGGAUAUGAAUGGAAUGCUCUGAUAUUUGUGGUUGUCUUAGGAUGGCUGUUUGUACCCAUCUACAUCAAAGCUGGGGUGGUGACGAUGCCAGAGUAUCUGAGGAAGCGUUUUGGUGGGAAACGGAUUCAGAUCUACCUGUCAGUCCUUUCACUGAUCCUGUAUAUUUUCACAAAGAUCUCAGCAGACAUAUUCUCUGGAGCUGUAUUUAUACAUCUGGCCUUAGGCCUGAAUCUUUAUUUGGCCAUAAUUAUCCUGCUUGCUAUUACAGCUCUUUACACCAUCACAGGUGGCCUUGCAGCUGUUAUUUACACUGACACCUUACAAACAUUUAUCAUGAUAGUGGGAUCCUUUAUUCUCAUGGGGUUUGCAUUUGCUGAAGUAGGAGGGUAUGAUGCAUUCAUGAAGAAGUACAUGGAAGCAAUUCCAUCCAAUAUCUCCUAUGGGAAUACUACAAUAGAUCCAAAAUGCUACACUCCUCGGAAGGAUUCCUUUCACAUCUUCCGAGAUCCUGUCACUGGAGAUAUGCCAUGGCCAGCGCUCAUCUUCGGUUUGAGCAUCAUUGCUUUGUGGUACUGGUGCACAGAUCAGGUUAUUGUCCAAAGAUGUCUCUCUGGCAAGAACAUGUCCCAUGUGAAGGCUGGUUGUAUCAUGUGUGGAUACUUGAAACUCUUGCCCAUGUUUCUCAUAGUGAUGCCUGGAAUGAUCAGCCGAAUUCUAUAUACAGAUGUGGUGGCUUGUGUUGUGCCUGAAGUCUGUCAGGAGGCCUGUGGCACUGCAGUUGGCUGUACAAACAUUGCUUAUCCAAAGAUGGUAGUGGAGCUUAUGCCAAGAGGUCUGCGGGGUCUGAUGUUGUCAGUCAUGUUGGCCUCCCUUAUGAGCUCCCUGACUUCCAUUUUCAACAGUGCUAGUACUCUGUUCACUAUGGACAUUUACACCAAGAUUCGAACACGACCAUCUGAGAAAGAGCUUAUGUUAGCAGGAAGGGCAUUUAUGUUACUUUUAAUUGGCAUCAGCAUUGCCUGGGUUCCUGUGGUGCAGUCAGCUCAAAGUGGGCAGCUCUUUGAUUAUAUUCAGUCAGUUACCAGCUACCUGGGACCUCCCAUUGCUGCUCUCUUCCUGCUUGCCGUCUUCUGCAAGCGGGUCAAUGAGCCGGGUGCCUUCUGGGGCCUGAUGUUUGGGCUGUUGACUGGACUCAGCAGAAUGAUUGCAGAGUUUGCCUAUGGGACUGGCAGCUGUGUGUCCCCUUCCAAAUGCCCAUUCAUCAUCUGUGGGAUUCACUACCUUUACUUUGCAAUCAUCCUGUUUGGGGUUUCUGCCAUCGUCAUUCUGGCAGUCUCCUUCAUGACUAAACCCAUCCCUGACGUACACCUUUACCGCUUGUGCUGGUCUUUACGGAACAGCAAAGAAGAACGUAUUGAUCUUGAUGCAGAUGAGGAGGAGACCAAAGCUGAUGAAAAAGACAAGGAAUCAGUUCACGAGGAAAGGGAAGAACCAGGAUGCUUCAAGAAAGCAUUCAACUGGUUCUGUGGCUUAGAUCAACAACAAGGACCCAAACUGAGCAAGGAGGAAGAGGAAGCGUUGAAGAGGAAAUUGACUGACACUAGCGAAGUGCCACUUUGGAGAAAUGUUGUGAAUAUCAAUGGCAUCAUCCUAUUGACCGUGGCUGUAUUUUGCCAUGCCUUCUUUGCAUAAACCUCUGAUCACAGUUCCAAAUUGUACUGUAUUGUCAAACAAAAAGUGAUGACUUGUAGAUUUACAGAGUUAGAUACACUUAGUGUUUUCAUUGUUUGUAAAAGUCAGGGUGAUUUACUUGCUGAUUAUGUGAGCAUAAUUUCAACAAUCUGAAGAUGAAGGCCAUGGAGAGAAUUUCUGGUCAGACAUUGAAUCAAUGCAGGGCUAAUUGAGGUUCAGAAUUUCCAUCCAAUAUUCUCUCUACUCACGAUACAUUUCGUAUUUUAGGUGCAGAACAAAGCUGCAUGAGCCAUAUUUCAUAUCAAGGCUUGUGAACUACCUUUUAGGGUUGACGGUACUAGUUUGAUUUUCAACCCUUCUGAUCAUUCAGAUAUCUUUUUCCUUUGGCUAUGAUGAUGAUUACAAAAAAGACACAACAACUGAGGGACCAUAUUAUGAAUUCAAAUUAAAACAUCAUUUUUGUUCCCUCCAAGUAUGGGAUAUUUUAAGGAAAGGAUUCAUGUAUAUACUGAUGUAUUUGACACUACAUCUCAUUUUCCAUUAUCACUUUUUCCCCCUUUUUCUCACUUCUCUUUGGGUUGUGUUUCUCACCAACCAUCUGCAUUGUGAAAUUAGGGCAAACAUGGCUUGAUGAUCCUAAUAAGAAUUCUGCUUAUGACAGAUUUUCUAUUUCAGGUUAUCUUCAA